AUGUCGAUUUCCAACCAAGCUCUCCAGAAGCUCCUCCAGGAGAUUGAGGCCCAAGCGAUCGCCUCCCAGCAACAAAUCAGCAUCACCAAGGCUCACAUGACGGCCAAGCAGCGCGACAUCCGCAUGUUGCAGCUUACAUCGAAGGAGCUGGCUGAGUUGCCGAGUGAGACGAGUGUUUACGAAGGUGUCGGAAAGAUGUUUGUCAAUGUCCCAGUCGACACCGUGAACAAGCGCCUUACUCGGGAGAGUAGCGAGGCCAGCGCCGAAAUUGCCAGCCUCGAGAAGAAAUUGCAAUACCAUGAGACAACGAACCAGAAGAGCCGAGAGAACCUGCAGCAAAUUCUCGGUUCAGGUGGCCGGGCUUGA